AUUUAACCUGACGCAGUGACGUAUACAGCCACUUCCGCUCCUGCAGGAAAAACACUAGUGAAGUUUGUGAACGGGGACACGAGCAGGAGAUGGGCUGAACCGAACCACUUCAGCGAUAAUAAACCGAUUACUGAUAUCAGAGAGAGGGGGGAAUGAGUAGUGUGAAGAGACGGGGACAUGCCUUACGUGGACCGGCAGAACCGCAUCUGCGGUUUCCUGGAUAUCGAAGAAUUGGAGAACAGCGGCAAGUUCCUGCGACGGUAUUUCAUCCUGGACACGCAGCAGGGUAGUCUGGUCUGGUACAUGGACAACCCGCAGAACCUGCCAGUAGGUGCCAAACACGUGGGUUCCCUCAGUCUCACCUACAUAUCCAAGGUCAGUGAUGCCACCAAACAGAGGCCAAAAGCUGAGUACUGCUUUGUCAUCAAUGCAGGAAUGAGGAAAUUCUUUCUGCAGGCUAAUGAUCAGCAGGAUCUUGUGGAAUGGGUCAACGCGCUCAAUAAUGCAACCAAAAUCACAGUUCCCAAGUCCUCUGAUGCUGUUCACUCUGAGAGUCAGAGCUUGGCUUCAAACGGAAACAAGAAACAGGUCCCAUACAAGACCGAGAUCAUUGCAGGAGUAGCUGUCGUCACACAGACACAGCAGGAUGGAGAGGUGGGACACAGUGUUGGAGGAGAGAAAGUGGGCUUGAGGAAGGCUCCAAACCAUCCGCCAUAUUUGCACUCUAGAGCAGGGCAGGAUCAGACCAUUAUUAAAGCAGGAUACUGCGUCAAACAAGGGGCUCUGAUGAAGAACUGGAAAAGGCGAUAUUUUGUUCUGGAGCAGAACUCAAUGAGUUACUUCAAGUCUGAUCUGGAGAAGGAGCCUUUGCGGAAUAUUCUUCUGAAGGAGGUCCAUAAGGUGCAGGAGUGCAAACACGGUGAAAUCAUGAUGCGAGACAACCUCUUUGAAGUCGUCACAACCUCCAGAACAUUUUAUGUCCAGGCUGAUAGUCCAGAGGAGAUGCACAGCUGGAUCAAGGCUAUUUCAGGAGCCAUUGUGGCUCAGAGGGGCCCAGGCCGAUCCGCAGCUUCUAUGCGUCAGGCCAGAAGGCAUUCAAGCCCCUGUAUUCAGAGAUACACACCACGUGUCACUCAAGGCAGCACGAGUUCAUUGUUGGUGGCUCCUGUUUCUACCGCCAGCACACGAGUCAUGCCAUCCCCUGGACGGCCAGCCCUGCCGUGUCAGCAAACCCAGAAUGCCGUGGUCCCACGAGGCCUGGCAUGGGACAGCGAGCACUUCAUGAGCCUGCUGCCCCUGCCCCGCCCACACGCCCGCUUGUCACUGCAAGAGACCCGCCUCUCCAAGUGACUCACGAAUCGCCGUGGCGGCGACGUAGCAGCUUUGGAAUGUGUGACGCUCCCUUGCCCCAACUUGAUCUGGAUAAUGCGGAUCUUCCUGUCAGUGAGGUCUGACGGUUUUACGUUAAACUUUUACCUCUGACAGAAAUAUUAAGAUGUGUGUGCCGAGUUUAAGUGGUGAUAGGAUCAUUGGAGGGAUAGAUGACCAGGCAUUCGGAUCCAAACUGAUCUGACCUGACCUGUUGACCAAAUUCUGAACUUUAAAACAGGUAAUGUCGGAUAAAAAGAGCUUCAGUCAUGUACAUCUAGAUCAGGAACACUACCACAAUGAUUCAGACACCAAAGAUUCUUCCAAGUACCCCCAAACCUUUUAAAGUUACUGAAAGAAAAUACAAAUUUGAGGAAUAUGGAUCAAGUAUCACCUAAACUGAAAUCGUUUCUGGGAUUGUGUUGGAAGAAGUGAAGAUUUGCGCUGCCCCAUGGAAUGGAGUCGGAAAAGGCUGUGCUUGUGAGAAGUGAUUCCUGUUAAUAUCCAAGAAUUCCCCUUCUCUGAGCAUUACAGAACAUACUUCAUUUUUCCUGGGCUUUUUUUUUUUCUGUACAGUUUCCUAUUUUUAAACGUUAUUCUAUGUGCUGUUAAUGUGACUAAUUGAUCCUGUGGACUAAGCUGGGGUUUAUUUAGACUGACAUCUUUUAUCCACACUUAUACAUAAGAGUGAAUUCUUGUAGCUGUAAUACUAUUGUCUCUUGCUCUGCUAAGUGAUGAACCAAAUCCGUAGUUUAUUUAAUAACUCAAUGUGUUGGAUACAGUAAAGCCAAGUAGACUGAUGCUAAAUAAUCUGCCCAUGUCCCUGUCAUUUUCUGGCUUUCUGGGUUUGACUGUACUUGUCUGAUCAUACAAGUGAGAGUUUGCUGUUGAAUUGUUCAUUGAAUUAUUCAUAAUUGUUCAGUUAUUGGGAUUCAAGUAUGACUACUAUGAUGAAAUGCUUUUCAGUGUAUGUUUAUCUUUGCACUGAUUCAUUUUUGCCCUCUUUCUAAAAAAAGUGCCUGCGUCUUUUUUUCUCAAAGGUCCGGCAGUUUUAACCCUCAGUUUUUUUGUCUUGUUUUGUGCUGUAACCGUUUUAAUCUUGUUUUGUUUAUAUUAUUUAUUAUAAGAAAAAGCAAUAAACCAAGUCUGAAUUUA